CGCCUCUCCUCUCGUCAGUUGUAGCCGCAGCCUUCUAGAACCAGUCCGUGCAGAACAACCCGCGCUACAGCCUAAACUAUUACCUACAUAUUGUGGUUCUGUUAGAAACGAAGGUUUCAGGAUGUCCCAGAAGAUCAAGGCAGGGUCGGUGGUGGAGAUGCAGGGGGAUGAGAUGACCAGAGUCAUCUGGGAGCUCAUUAAGGAGAAGCUCAUCUUCCCCUACCUGGAGAUGGACCUGCACAGCUACGACCUGGGCAUGGAGAACCGCGAUGCCACGGACGACAAGGUGACGGUUGAGGCGGCGGAGGCGACGCGGCGCUACAACGUGGGCAUUAAGUGUGCCACCAUCACGCCGGAUGAAAACCGGGUGGAGGAGUUCAAGCUAAAGCAGAUGUGGCGCUCGCCCAACGGGACCAUCCGUAACAUCCUGGGGGGCACCGUGUUCAGGGAGGCCAUCAUCUGUAAGAACAUCCCCCGCCUGGUGCCCGGCUGGGUCAAACCCAUCAUCAUCGGCAGGCAUGCCCACGGAGACCAGUACAAGGCCACAGACUUUGUGGUACCUGGACCUGGGAGACUGGAGAUGAAAUUCACACCCAAGAUUGGGGAGCCAAUGAACUUUGUCGUCCAUGACUUUGAAGGUUCAGGUGGUGUGGCUCUGGGGAUGUACAACACAGACAGCUCCAUCAGGGACUUUGCCCACAGCUCCUUCCAGAUGGGCCUGGUUAAAGGUUGGCCUCUGUACCUCAGCACCAAGAACACCAUCCUCAAGAAGUACGACGGACGCUUCAAAGAUAUCUUCCAGGAGAUCUAUGAAAAGCAGUACCGCUCUAAGUUUGAGCAGAAGGGGAUCUGGUAUGAGCAUCGUCUGAUUGAUGACAUGGUGGCUCAGGCCAUGAAGUCUGAUGGAGGAUUCAUCUGGGCCUGCAAGAACUACGACGGAGACGUUCAGUCUGACUCUGUAGCCCAAGGUUAUGGGUCCCUUGGUAUGAUGACCAGUGUGCUCAUCUGUCCUGACGGUCGUACGGUGGAGUCGGAGGCGGCCCACGGCACGGUAACGCGCCACUACAGACAGCACCAGCAGGGCAAGGAGACAUCCACCAACCCCAUUGCGUCCAUCUUUGCGUGGUCGCGGGGGCUGCUGCACCGGGCGAAGCUGGAUGACAACGCAGAGCUGCGUGUGUUUGCUGAGGCCCUGGAGGUGGUCUGCGUGGAGACCAUUGAGGCUGGCUUCAUGACCAAGGAUCUGGCGAUCUGUAUCAAAGGCAUGGCAGGUACCAAACGCUCAGACUACCUGAACACCUUUGAGUUCCUGGAUAAACUGUCAGAGAACCUGAAGACCAAGAUGUCCAACCAACCCAAACUGUGAUCACCUCAUCUCCCAACUUUAAACACACACACUAUUGACAGCAGGGACUAUAGGCCCCGGCCAACACUGAACCACGGGGGACUGUCUGCCCAGAACUCAACCAGAGCUUCUAGAAGACCUAGGACCCUCGAGACUUAAUCAUUCCCUCCACAAGCAGUCUGUCUGCUUCAAGGAGGUGUCUUGUCCAGGGGGGGGGUGUCCUCCCAAAACUAAUGAAUCAUUCCUAUCUAAACUACUUGCCAUUGCUGUCCCACUCUCCCCAUGCUUGCUGUUGCUUGGCAAUAUUAAACUAGACUUGCCUCUUUCAUUGCUGUUCUGGACUGUUUCAAUGUUACCCAACAAUACAGACCAACACCUUCUGCAUCAUAAAAGUAGUUGACCCCCUACAACUCUAAUGCCAUUUGCUCUGUCCCUUGAACACGCCCCCAACUCUCCUGAUGAACUAGCUGCCCAAGUCAAGCCCUGCUCUGUCUCCCUCAAUUCCCCACUGUCAGCAAACUACUUCAGCCUCAUGACAACGCCUUCUCUACUCCCUCCACUGAACUCUGCAAUUCCUUCCAUCAGCUAUUUUCAAGGAAGAGCUCACCAAAAUACACUUCACUGACUGAUUAAUCUCUCUUAUCUGCCCCUCCCCCCGUCAACCGUCACCCCUGAAACCCGGCUCUACGAAUUUGCACUCAUUGACUCUCCCUAUCUCAAAAUUCCUGUCAUCAACACCACAACUUACUCAUCACAGCUCUGUUCUCAUUAAAGCCUGCCUGCUCUGUCCAUCCCUGGAUCCUCACCCUACUGUUCUCAUUAAAGCAUGCCUGCCCUGUCCAUCCCUGGAUCCUCUCCCUACUGUUCUCAUUAAAGCCUGCCUGCCCUCUGUCCAUCCCUGGAUCCUCUCCCUAAUGUUCUCAUUAAAGCCUGCCUGCCCUGUCCAUCCCUGGAUCCUCUCCCUACUGUUCUCAUUAAAGCCUGCCUGCCCUCUGUCCAUCCCUGGAUCCUCUCCCUACUGUUCUCAUUAAAGCCUGCCUGCCCUCUGUCCAUCCCUGGAUCCUCACCCUACUGUUCUCAUUAAAGCCUGCCUGCUCUGUCCAUCCCUGGAUCCUCACCCUACUGUUCUCAUUAAAGCCUGCCUGCCCUCUGUCCAUAUAUCACACACCAUCAACCUCUCCCUUGCCCACGGAUCUCACCCCUCCAACUACAGAACAGCUGCAAGCACCCCUCCCCCAUCUUAAAAAUGCCAGGAACGGACACCAUCUUUCUGCACAAUUUCCAACCUUCCUAUCAAAGACUCUGGAAGAGACGGUUUCCUCCCAAUUCAAACCCACCUGCUAGUAAACAAAGAAUUCAAGCCCCUCCAUUCUGGUUUCCACCACAGUACUGAAACUGCACUCAGUUGUGAAUGACCUCACCUCUGCUGGUGCUGAUGUCAUUAACAUCCUGAUUCUCCUUGACCGGAGUGCCACUUUUAGCACUGAGUCAUCAGAUUGAGGGUACAGCACUUUCCUGGCUACAAUCGUACCUCAUAAACCAGACCCACUAAAUCUCCCUCAAUGACCAUACCUCAGACACCACUGCAGUCACACAGGGUGUCCCCCAAGGUACUGUGCUGAGACCCUUACUCUUCAUCUUCCUUGGUCAGGUGACACCCAGAUCACCUCGGCACCAAAUCCCUAUUCGACCCACAUUGAAUUUCCUUUCUCAGCAAUAAAAACAUGGCUGCAACAACACUUCCUCAAGCUAAGCAUUUAUAAAACGGAACUCCUACUCAUAGACACCAAAUCCAUCUUCACCAAAGCUGGUAAUCUUGCGAUUGACACCACUGUCUCCCCCCACACACACAACCUUGGCUUCACCCUUUCCUUUGACCAUCACAUACGACACAGACUGGCAAAUUGUCAUUCUUCCACCUCCGCAACAUUGCCAAAGUCGGGUCCAACUUGUCCUGCCGUUGCAAUACGCAUUCAUUUCCUCCUGUCUUGACUACUGUAACUCACUAUUCUCUAGCGCCAACUCAAGCUCCCUCCAUAAGCUCCAAAUGGUUCAUAACUCUGCAGCCCGACCCCCUCACCCACACUAAGUACUGGUAGCACAUCUCCUCUGUGAACUUCACUAGCUCCCUGUCUCUCAACGCUUUGAUUACAAGCUCUUCUUUCUGACCUACAAAGCCCUUCACCACCUUGCUCCCCCCCACCUCUGACAUUUUUGUCCCCUACCAACCCACAUGCCCCUUACCCUAAACCAGGUUCGUAUCCUAACCCCAACCCUCCCCAUACACUGAUACAUCUCUUAUUUCAGCCCACCCCACUCUUUAUUCAUGUUUUUGUAAACUAUCUUUUUUAAAUUAAAUUUGUUUACAAUU